AUGCAUAUGGCAUAUGAGUUAUUGAUGAUGAUGGUGAGGAACAAUCAGCUGAUCAAGAUGCAGCUGAUAUGUAUGGAGAACCGAAGGCAUCCUAAUUCUGAUCCUCCAUGUCUGGAUAGAGAUCAGUGUCAGGAGUGUCAGCAAAACUUCCCUACACGUACAGCACUCAGGUUGCAUCUCAAAAAUGAUCAUCCUGAGGCACUCAUCCACAGGUGCCAGUCCUGUUCAGCCACAUUCAAGUACUCUUCUAUGUUGCAGCGCCAUAUCAAGAAUGUUCAUGAGAAGCAGCAGCAACAGAAGGAGCAGCAACUAAAAGAGGAUCGUUAUAAGUGUUGUAAGUGCCCAAGGGAAUAUCGCAGUAAGACCUUCCUGGAAAAACACCUUGCCCUUGUCCAUCUUGCUCCGAAGCAGCCUCGUGUAUAUUCAUGUGCCACGUGUAGUGCAUCCUUCAACUCAAGAAGCCGCAGAGCACGCCAUACCCGAAUGGUCCACUGGGAUAAGAGUCGUCCACGCUGCAGCGAAUGCAACCAAUACUUUGACUCCAAAGAAGAACUGAACACACAUCGCCAGAAACACAAGAUGAAGUGUGCUGUUUGUGACAAGACAUUUCUGCGCCGAGACUCUCUCAGGGAACACCUCCUCAUUCACAGUGGUCCUAAGCUCCCUUGCCCAUUCUGUCCCAAGAAGUUUACCCAAAACUCAAACCUGAAGCGUCACAUCCGUGUUCACACAGGUGAGAAGCCAUACAAGUGUGCUUUUUGUUCCAAGCGGUUUGGGGACAAGUCAGCUUGCAACAGCCAUAUGAGGGUCCACACAGGAGCUGAGAGGUGUUCCUGUCCUGAAUGUGGGGCCUCAUUUUCCAAGCGUCAGAAGCUCAACUACCACAUGAGGAAACACACAGGGGAGGGAUUGCUGCAUUGUCCCCUGUGCACUCGUUCUACUACCAACUCCUACUCCCAUAAAAAACACCUGGAGACCCACCAGACAGUGCUGGGUCGCCUACUACAGGGAGCUAAAGUGUUAGGCCAAACUGAGGACUGCCAAAGCCUAGCCCUACGCACUCUCCACAACCUUGCCUGGGUGUCUGCUAGAGGCAGGUCCCAUGACCAGAUACCAUCACUACAUCCAUCUAGAAUCACAUCUCCAGUAGUAGAAGACAAAGUAGAAAGAUGUGGAGAGACCAAACAGAUAUUCUUAUCUGAUAAUGAAAGAGACAAGAAAAAUUAUAAUGAGGAUAGAGGGGAUGUAAGGACUCCUAUUGAGCAUGUUGAGGUUGCUGUGAAAGUGGAGAGUCCAGAAGAGGAGGUAGUUGAACCAAUGCAUUCAUCCUCUAAAAGUGAGGCAAAAAAUUCAAGUUUAAGACAGUUCAGAAAGCAUACUAGAAAAUUAGAUGUUUUAACAGAUCCACUUAAUGACAAAGAUCAACAUUUUGAGAAAAUACAGAAGUAUAAUAGUAUUAAAACAGAAGUCUUAAGCUACAUCAUGAAUUUAAGAUGUACUCAGUUUAAUGAAGCAGUAGAAAAGUGUAAAUUAGAGACUGCUAUUAAAGUAGAGAAGGACUCCUUGCAUAACCAAAAUAAAAGUAACUUAGGGAAAAAUAAAGAAAAUAAAAAGGAUGAGAUUGAAUGUGCUCCUGAUCUCAAGGAACUGGAAACUACCUUAAGUAUAAGUAACAAAAAAAAUGGCAUAGAUAUUAAUCCUGCUGAUGAUAACACAUCGAAAGUAGCAUGGGAACAAAUGAAAGAAUGUAGUUUGGCAGAAGAACCUCUAACAAUACUUGCUCGACUCUGGCAGCUUAUCAUUGAGCCUAAAGAAGGGCAAGAACGCUGUGAUGAAAAUACACAUUUCUCCAGGCUCUUAGUGAAAGAAGAAGACUUGCAGGCAGAGAUUAAUAAGGAUGCAUCUAGCUCUAUAUUAGAUGUAAGUGUGCAAUCAGAACCUGAGAAACAAACAAAUAUAAUAUGGAUUAAGCAGGAAUCCAGUGAGUUAGUAGUGGACAGUGAAGUCUCUGAAGGUGGAGAUUGAGUAUCAUGAAUUCUUUAAUAGCAUAGUUCCUGGCAAAUGUAUCAAGCAACUGAGUUUCACAAUGGAUGAAGUUCAGCAGCCAUGCAUGGUUUUAUUUAAUCUGAGAAGUAUUUAAUUUUCAGGAUAUUGCUUUUAGCAGAUUGUUAAGAAAGAGCUUUUCUUUCUACAUUUUCAAGUAGAAUAAUCUCCCAAUGCUUACUGGAUUUCUGGGUUUGACCUCUUUCUUUGUAGUCAUUGUUAGCAUAUCAUAAGAAUUCCUUUUAGAUUCAUAUCUUUUGUAUUAGGAAAGGUGCUUUGAGUGUGUUGUAGGAUUUUAAGGUAGGGUUGGAAGAUCUGUGUUUAGCUCAAAUUCAGAAGUUUAACUCAAAAUAAUAUGACUGCAAGAGAUAUUUCUAAUUUAAUUUUUCUUUGUUGAUUCAGUUUCAAAAACUACCCAGCAGAGUGAACCUGCCCCAAGACUUUGAGAGGUAUCAGGGAAAUUCAGCAACCACUCAAUAGGUGUACAAGUCAUCUCUUUUUAUAUAAUUGUAUAUUUAUGUAUCAUAUAUUUGUUGUGUGUGUGUGUGUGUGUGUGUGUGUGUGUGUGUGUGUUUGUGUGUGUAAAUAUAUAUAUAUAUAUAUAUAUAUAUAUAUAUAUAUAUAUAUAUAUAUAUAUAUAUAUAUAUAUAUAUAUAUAUAUAUUUAUAUAUAUACAGUAAUUCCCUGCACUUGGUGAAUAAAUUAGUCUGCCGAAACUACCGCCAAAUACGAAUUUCGCCAAGCACGAGUUCUUUAUACCAUAUAAAUAGCUUAAAAAAAUGCCUCAAUCAGUCUGUGGUCAUUGGCAAAGUCCCUCUUUUGACCCCUAAAAUACCAUCUUUCAAGCUGAAAUAAAAUCUUUUUGCCUUCACAUAUUAGAACACAUGUACAAAACAGACCAAUAAACAAUAAAUAAAGCUAAUAAGACAUGAUAUAAAGGCUGUAACUCCCGUUUUUCCACCUGUUUCCCUCACCCACUUUCGUCCUUGUCGCCACCACCAUUGUCCUUACACCCAUCGGUACCACCUGUUUCGAUGGUUGAGGCAAUGUUGGUGGUAAAUUGCCAGAAUUCCUUCCCACGUUAGCAGAACAGAGGGUAGAACAAACAAAAUGGAUGAAGGAGACUCUCACAUUGCGUUCUGAUAGGUUUAGAGAGAGGUCUGACGUCACUGGGGAGCCGUGUGGUUCGCCGUGGGGUUGUCAGGGGACCGCCAUGUUUGAAUUCAAAUCGCCAAGCGUGCAGUCGGUGGUCCGUGGCCACCCUACCACCAAAAGUGAAUUUCACCAAGCUGAGAUUCGCCAAUUGUGGGGGCUUACUGUAUAUAUAUAUACAUACAUACAUACAUACAUACAUACAUACAUACAUACAUACAUAUACACACCAGAUGCCUCAGCUGAGCCUCACCAUACACUCACAUAAUCCAAAAAUCUUGUUAAUCUAAUUUCAAUGUGCAUACAAAUACAUUCAGUAUAUACUAGUAUAUUUUUUGCAAAUUUCUGCUUAGAGGUUUUCUUAUUUUCUAUUGAUAAUUUUUGUGAGAAAAAUAGUAAUAGAGCAACUGGUGCAACACCCUACUUGUAUUCCUGAUCGUCUUGGAGACACACCUAACAUUCUUGAUCUUGUCCUUAUCUCUAGUCCUUCUGCUUAUGCUGUCACCCUAUCAUCUCUGAUCACAAUCUCAUUUCUGUAUCUUGUCCUAUUUUUCCAAACCCUCCUCAGGAUCCCCCUAAGCGGAGGUGCCUCCGGCAUUUUGCCUCUACCAGUUGGGGGGCAUCUGAGGAGGUAUUAUGCUGAUUUUCCUUGUAAUUAUUACUGUUUCCAUGUCAGAGACCCAUCUCUGUGUACUGAACACAUAACAGAAGUGAUUGUGUGUGGCAUGGAGGUGUACAUUCCUCAUUCUUUUUCUCAACCAAAACCUUCUAAACAUUGGUUUAUCACAGCCUGUUCUCGUGCUAUACAUGAUAGAGAGGUUGCCCACAAAAGAUACAUGAGCCAUCCAUCUCCUGAAUCUCAAGCACUUUAUGUUUCUGCCCAGAAUCAUGCCAAGUCUGUUCUUCAACU